AUGGCCUCUCGAGAAGAAGAGACCGCCAGUCAGGACAACCCGUUCCAGGCGGGAGACUACCAUGGCAACAGCUCAGCACUGUUCGAGUCCCCUGCUGCGCAACGCGAGACUGGCACCCUCCAGCACGAGGACCUUGAAGAGCCAGCCAACUUCUCGAACAACCCUGCUUUCAAGGAAUAUAUUCGCUACAUCAAGACGCAGGCUGACGACGCGAAGAUGGCUGCGGUGCACGCAAACCUGGAGAUCAGGAAAACCGCCGACGCUGUAGCUCGCCUUGAGACCCAGCAAGCCACGAUAGCCAUCAAACAAGGAGCCCUCGAUACUCAGGUCGGUAGGCAGACCGACAUGCUAGCCCAGCUGAUGCGCCACUUCAAACUUGGCCCUGAGGCAACUGCCUCGGAUAUUCGCUUUCAGGUCAGCAAUGGGCUCAACCGCUCCCCGACGAACUGUUCACUACGGCGCUGGAGGAGGCGACCCUGGUGA